AUGUUCGUCUUUAAGCGACUUAUCCUUGCCAUUCUUCUGGCGGCUGUCCCAAGCGGAGGCGUCCCCCAAGACCUACCAAGACUAAUGGCAAGAAAAGCACCACGAUACUCCGCAAACCCCAAAAUUGGACCAGGUGGAGAUGUCUUCAAAGAUUCAGCGCAUUUCCGAGUCUACGGCAAUAACGGGACAGAAGCUACUCAGGCUUUGUCAUUGCUUGAAGCCGCUUACGACUGCUUCGUCGGCACUCUAGGUUUCAGGUCCACAGGAAUCUCCUUCUGGGAUACUUCUACGUCAGGAGGCCCACGGACAAAGACCAAUGUAUAUUCAGUUGAUGAACUUCCUGGAGCUGCAGGCGUUAUGCAGGCUGAUCAUGAUGCCGGGCUCGGCUGGCUCAUUGUGCAGAAAGACUUUGUCGCCACUUCUGGCGUCACAGUGCAUGAAUACGGACACGUCUUACACUAUCAUCAAAGAACUUGGGUGGAACAAAGUCGCACAGGAGCAUGGUGGGAAACCUUUGCUAACUGGGUUGCGGAUACUUAUGGGACUUCUGACCUAUGUGCGCCUGCCCGCAGGUCUCAUAAAAGGCCCAUAGAAGCCACUGAGAUCAACCUUUGGAAACUCAUUGGAGACUCGUUUCAGCCCCUUAUUGACGGAUCUGUGGGUACUGGGAAUUACUAUGAGGCUUUUCCGUUCUUCACAUAUUUAACGAAUAACCCUGACAAAUACGCCAAGCUCGGCACGAAGACUCUUCUUAACAUGAUGACAAAGUACAAACUCAACAGCAACGAAACGCCUCUACAUACACUUCAACGUAUCACGAGCAAGACACCAGUUGCAGAUAUCAUUGGCAGUUAUUGGGCUCGAAUGGCGUAUGUUGAUAUCGGCCAUACGUUAGCAUACCAAGCGUUUCUUGACCACCGCCAAGACUUCAAUUAUGCAAACGUGGACUCAAAAGGAAAGAAUAUAUAUACAGUUAAACCAGAACGGAGACCUCAGUACAUGGGAGCCAACAUCAUACCCCUGACAACCACUGGAGGCAGAGUGACCGUCAAAAUUACCACGAAAGGCUUGUACAGAGCUACACUUGUCGUUCACAAUGACUAUACCACGCGAUACGUAAAGUUUCGCUAUGGUUCCGCGACGGUCAGCAUUGAGAGUGGUGAGGAAAUAAGUUUGGUUGUUGCUCAUACACCAGGCUUGAUCCUCUAUGAUCCUUUCGAUCUUUCUUUAGAGGCUAAGCAAGGACUGGACUAUUCUUUCGCACUCUCAGGGGCUGCUAUUCUUUGA